AUGCCCGACAUGUCGACGCUUACACACGUCUGUCGUUACGUUGGAGUAGGUGUCGAAAUUGCGUCACGGUAUUUCGGGAUGUAGAAAUGAUGACAAGGAUUGGUAGGCUGUGUGACAUUGAACAUACAGGACACGAAACAGACGAGGUCGUUUAAAGAGCCACACACCGGUUCCAACAUGUCACGUCGCGAAAAACUCUGAGGUUUUUGACGCUAACGGAAAUUCGAGGAGACGUUGCAGCGAAUGAACUGGUUUAUUGCUUUCUGGCUGCUGUGCCAGUAUGCUACAACGUCUCUGCGGUUAUCGGCUAUUAUCCUAGCCUAGCGGCUCGGUGAAGGGAACUACCCUAGAUUCAGAACAGACUGGAGACGUCAUCAACAUUUUCCUGUAUUUAAGUGGUUGCUUAUCGGGAGGUCAUUGCUUGGAAAAGGGAGAUCAUUCGGAUAAAGAAGACGGAGUAAGUCAAAAGUGAGCUUAAGAUUUACUGGGUGUCCUAAAUGGGGGACUACGGGUUUGGAGUUCUGGUGAAGAACGGCAGUGGCAACAAAUCUACUUUCCCUGUAAGGAUCCCUCCUCACCUGCAACCCCAGCACUCUCACCACCCUUCCAACCCCCCCAGCCCCCCUUCCUUUGUAAACAACACCUGCUCUACCAAUGGGGGAAGUGCUUGGCUGUUCCCUGCAGUAACCCCGCACACUAACAUGCAAGAUGAGAUUCUGGAGUCAGAAAAGUCCAAGGCCUUGGACCUCCAGGAUAUGCAGGAGAAAUCUCAGGUCCAGGCCCAGCCUCAGGCCCUGUCUCCAGGCCAGCAGGAGGCCGGUGGAGGCUUAGGAGAGCUUGAGGGAGCUCUACCUGACGACGGCUCCCUGGAGAAGGGUACUUUGGAGAGCAGUGCUGGCAAGGAGAAGCUGAGGAUGGAGUCUCCGGUGCUAAGUGGCUUUGACUACCAGGACACCCUGGGAAUGGGUACAAGCUGUGCACAAUCCACUUCUUCCUCAUCUUCUCUGACCAGCUUCAACAACUGGUCUCCUGCUGUCCCAUCUACCCAGUCUCCUGUGGUUGGGGAAGACGUUGGAGGUUUCUUUGGUCCCGCUGGCUCCAAUGCUAAUGGACCACAUUUGCUGUUCCACAACUUCUCCCACCAUGCUGGCCCUGGCUUUGGAGCAGGAGGUAGUUUCUCCCCACAGAUUGGGCCAGUCUCCCAGCAUCACCCUCCCACACCUCACCCUCAGCACUACCAUCCCCAGGGACAAGGGGUUCCACAGCAGCACAGGCGCUCCCCAGCUAGCCCUCAUCAACCCCAGCCUUCCUUCCCUCCACAUCCCCAUCGCACUGGACCAUUUACACAGCUGCCCCACCUUGCUCCUACCCAGAACAAACCUCCCUCCCCUUGGGGAAGCUACCAGAGCCCCUCCACUCCCACAUCCACCUCGUGGAGCCCAGGUGGGUAUGGUGGCUGGGGAGGUACACAGGGGAUUCGGGAUUACCGACGGGGUGUCGGCGGCGGGAUGUCAGGCCUGAACUCUAUUUCGCCACUGAAGAAGUCCUUCCCUAACAAUCAGGUUCCUUUGCAAAAGUUCCCCAGAAAUAGCUCUGGCAUCAACCACAAGGGCUGGGUGGAGGACAGCAUGAGCCGCAAUGACAGUGUUUAUCCUUUCCAGCAGGAGAGAACACGGUCCUUUGAUGGUUUCAGUAUGCAAUCUCUGGAGAACUCUCUGAUUGACAUUAUGAGGGCUGAGCAGGAUUCCUUAAAAGCAAGAAGUUAUGGGAGAAGACGAGGUCAUUCGUCUUUGUUCCCCAUGGAGGAUGAGCGCUCUUUUGGAGAUGAUGAGUCAGGUGACCAGGGGCUUGCUGGCCUCGGUCCAGGCCACUGCUUUGCAUCCCUUAAUGGUGAACGUGUGGAGCGAUAUUCGCGCAAGGUGUUUGUUGGAGGGCUGCCCCCAGACAUAGAUGAAGAUGAAAUCACUGCCAGUUUCCGUCGGUUUGGUCAUCUUUUCGUGGACUGGCCCCAUAAGGCAGAAAGCAAGUCCUAUUUUCCACCCAAAGGAUAUGCAUUCCUGCUGUUUCAAGAUGAGAGCUCUGUUCAGGCCCUGAUUGAUGCCUGCAUUCAGGAGGAUGGCAAGCUUUACCUGUGUGUCUCCAGCCCCACCAUCAAAGACAAACCAGUCCAGAUCCGGCCCUGGAAUUUAAAUGAUAGUGACUUUGUAAUGGAUGGUUCUCAGCCAUUGGACCCAAGGAAGACUAUCUUUGUAGGAGGUGUCCCUCGUCCCCUGCGUGCAGUUGAGCUUGCCAUGAUCAUGGACCGUCUGUAUGGGGGAGUGUGUUAUGCUGGGAUCGACACAGAUCCUGAACUGAAGUAUCCAAAAGGGGCAGGGCGAGUGGCCUUCUCCAAUCAGCAAAGCUACAUUGCAGCCAUUAGUGCCCGAUUUGUUCAACUGCAGCAUGGGGAGAUUGAUAAACGGGUGGAAGUGAAGCCAUACGUCCUGGAUGACCAGCUGUGCGAUGAGUGCCAGGGGACUCGCUGCGGAGGGAAGUUUGCUCCUUUCUUCUGCGCCAAUGUGACCUGUCUGCAGUACUACUGUGAGUACUGCUGGGCAGCAAUCCACUCCCGGGCCGGCCGCGAGUUCCACAAGCCGCUGGUGAAGGAAGGAGGGGACCGACCACGACACAUCUCCUUCCGCUGGAACUGAGACAAGAGACCUGGGAGGGACUGAGAGAAAGGGGUAGUUAAGGGCGGGGUAUGGGCUAUGAUGAAAAAUAAAUGCACUUUUCUUUUAAGUUGAGGAAAAAAAAUGGUAAUAUUGAUAAUUUAUUUUUAUUUUUUUAUUUUUUUAAACUUGGGCCCACAAAAAGUAAAUGCUAAGAAGAGUGAAAUCCCAUUUAUGUUUUGACUUUCAGUGUGCAUGAGCAUAUGGAUGCAUUAUAUUUGGAUUUGUGUUUCUUGUUGACUUGACUAUAUUUGUUUUCCUUUUUUUUUUUUUUUUUUUUUUUUUUUCAUAUUAGCUGGCAAAGCUGCUUACAUUUGUUGAUGAGAGUAACAUAAAAUUUAAGUGAGGUUCGUCACACCUAAAUCAGUAUACUAACUAUGGGAGUUUAGGAAGGGUGCAUUUUCUUACUUUUUGCUUGCAGGAUUAGAGAACAACUGUACAAUUUACCAAAGGUUUAAUGUAAAUGGUUGAGGUGAACAGUGGUGGAACUCUGUUUCAGAUGGAUGGAUGGAUGAUUGAGUUUUCCAAGCAGCUCAGCGUAUAGCAUCUGGCCACGUCACAAAAGACAAAAAAAAAAAUCUCCCCCUCAGUUCAGUACACAUGUUUAAGAUUGUCAGCAUGAGUUUUCAGGUCUUGGUUUAAAAGUCAACACUUUGUAACCAGAAAGGGCAAACCAAAGAUUGGCCUAAACACAUCACCUAAAACAGUCAUUGAUCUGAGGGUAAUCAGGAUAAUGUUCUCGUACAGUGAAGGAAUGGCUGGAGUUUUGGUUUGUGAGUUUCAGCUAACAAAGACACAGCCCUCAGGGCUCAGGUAUUGGCAGUAGUAUUUACUCACUUUAUAUUGUCAGGGAUAUUAGCACUGGAAGCUAACAUGCUAAUGUAGUACAAACUAAUGGGAAUGCACAGUCCAGUCUCCCUGAGUUGUCCUCAUGGUGUACCACUGCACGCUCUACCGUGACUGGAGCUUCUCUCACAAGUGUUGUGGUUGGAUAUGGUAGUAGCUAGAAUUUGCUGUCACAGAGAUAAAGAUAUUAUUUUAUACAUGGCCUGCUGAUUUUUGUACAGUGUUUUAUAGCUGAUUAUUUUGUCAUGAACAUAUAUACAUUUAUUAUGCACUACUUUUCUAAAUAUUUUUUUCAAUAGUCAUUUUAGGCACAUUUUUCACAGAUGGGAGAACUCCUUUUGCAAUACCUCAUUUUUUUCACUUGGUGAAAAAUAAUUUUGUACCUUUGUUACUAAGAGAUCUGCAUUUAUGGUAAACUUAAUUUAACAAAAAAAGAAUGAUAUUAAUAUAAUUUUCAAUUAGCUUUUAUAUAUUUAAGUGCUGGUAAAUCUGAAAAUUGUCUGGUGCAUUGGUGUGAUUCUGUAGAUUUAAAAAAACAAAACAACAAAAAAUAUAUAAAGCUAUCAUUAGCCAGUCAUAUAUGGAUUCUCCUCUGUCCUAAUAAACAUCAUUACAGGAUCCUAAGGCAUGGCAAGACCUUUCUAAACUGAUUUUGAUAGUCUUGAAAAUGCAUAUAAUCUGAUAUUUUGCUCCUAGGUGUAGUCACUAAGAUUAUCAUUAGGGUAAAUGUUUUGGCUUUGAUCAAUGUGAAAUCUUCCCUUCUAUCACCGGAGUGGAUAUCAGCUGUUUGAAUAUUUAGA